CCUACAGGAUUCCAGGAAGCAAUCAGCAUCUAAAUGAAAAGAACUCGAGUCCCUAAUCCCUGUCUAUCCUUUUUUAUCUGGGGAUUCAGAGCAACUAGAUCACUAUGGGACAGCAAGGCGGGGAGACAAUGCCGUUGAUGUUCCGUUAAAAGAGACAGCAACCUUUCUAUUAAUUCAGUAGUGUAGCAUAGCUGGGAGGCAAAAUGUUUCUCAGUUUUAAGUGGGUUUUCUGUUUGGUAUUAGGGGGUCUACCUCUAGUGUGGAGCUCAUGUCCAUCUCAGUGCAGCUGUUUUUAUCACAACCUCAGCGAUGGAUCUAAGGCAAGGAGUGUACUUUGCAAUGACCCGGAGAUCUCUCUAGUUCCAGCCAACUUUCCGCUUGACACCUCCAAGCUCCGAAUUGAGAAGACCGCAAUUAAGAGAAUUCCAAGUGAAGCCUUCCAUUACCUCUCUAACCUGGAAUUUUUGUGGAUGUCAUUCAAUUCUUUGUCGACACUGAAUACUGACAGUUUCCGUGGUUUAUAUAGCCUAGACGAGUUAAGACUGGAUGGCAAUGCGCUCACUUCAUUUCCCUGGGAAUCGAUUGUAGAUAUGCCCAGCCUUCGAUUACUCGAUUUACACAACAACCAGAUUACUUCAAUCCCGCCCGAGGUAACAGUUUACAUAAAAAACCUGACGUACCUGGAUCUAUCCAGCAACAACCUUGUUACCAUAGGUUCAGAUGUUUUGGCGACAUGGUUAGCUGUUAAACCCGUCCAGGAUGCCUACAGUGAGAAUUCCAAGGUGAUUCUAGGACUACAUGACAACCCCUGGGUAUGCGACUGCCAGCUUUAUGAUCUCACACAGUUCCUGAGGUCUCCAUCAUCCUCAGUAGCUUUUAUAGACACCAGGCUCAGGUGUGCUGAUCCAGAGAGCCUCUCAGGUGUUCUGUUUAGUGAUGUGGAGCUCAGAAAAUGCCAGAUACCAACAGUGCACACUGCUGUAGCAAGAGUAAGGAGUGCUGUGGGCAACAAUGUCCUGCUCCGCUGUGGAACUAUUGGAGUGCCCAUCCCAGACCUCGCGUGGAGGCGAGCAGAUGGGAAACAACUGAACGCGACAGUUCAACAGGAGGUCUCGAAAGAAGGCAUCAUUUGGUCUAUCUUAAGUGUGCCAGCUGUCUCCUUUCAAGACUCUGGGAAGUAUGUCUGCAAAGCCUCAAACUUUGUAGGGAGCGCAGAUGCUGUCAUUUCUCUUAUCAUAACCGAUGCUGUGAAGUCAGAUAAUCAAACUGGUAACCCAAAAAGGACCAAGGGAAAAAAAACAAAUGGGAUUGGAAAGGCAGCUUAUCAGGAAAAACUUGUGGCUAGGUAUGUAGUUCCAACAACUACUACCUCAACACCAGAGACUGAGCCAAGGCAUUAUACUGGACAGUACCCAGAGCUUGAGAAUUAUAGCAUCCCUGUCAGUGGAGCGAAUGGACAAAUGUCCAUUCCCAUGAACAGAGAGGGGCUACUGGAAGUGGACAAAACAAAUCUCGCAGCGAACACCUCUUCUCUCCAACAGGAGCCAGAACGUGUGGUUAGGUCGGUGAAAGUGAUUGGGGACACAGAUCACACGGUCUCUUUAACAUGGAGGGCACCCACUGCCAAAAACACCACCAUGUUCAGUGUCCUGUAUGCAAUCUUCGGAGAGAGGGACAUGCGCAGAAUUAACGUUGAUCCAGGCAAGAACAGGAUCACCAUUGAGGGACUGAUGCCAAAGACAAAGUAUAUUGCUUGUGUGUGCGUCAAAGGACUGAUCCCCAAAAAAGAGCAGUGCGUAAUCUUCUCAACAGAUGAGGCUGCCAGUGCUAAUGGAACCCAAAAGCUCAUUAAUGUGGUUGUAAUCACUGUUGCCUGUGUGAUAGCUGUCCCUCUAACACUAAUUGUCUGUUGUGGUGCGCUGAAAAGGCGCUGCAAGAAACUGCUAGGAAGAAAGUCGAAAGACAUCCAGGACUCUUAUGUCACAUUUGAAACUUUGUCUCCGGGGACAAAAACAAAGGGCCUGGAGGGCGAAUACCUGACAAGACUCAACCCAGAGGAGUCCAACCGGUUGCUCUCGGCCAGGUCUAGCCUGGACUCCGAGGCCACUGCUAAGAUCGAGGGACAGCCAAAUGAGUACUUCUGCUGACAUCUUGCAUCAUCCAAGAUUUCCGACAGAGUUGUAUGUCUGUGCAGUGCUUCUGAGAGGGUGUUCUGUGGAAAACAGUGUGGGCAAUGUGGUUAUAGCACAUCUUAGCACACCUAAAGAAAAGGGAAUGCCACGUUCUUUGCUUUAUUAUGGAAGAUUCUGCACUUAUUUAAGGUGCUAUGUAUUAGGAGGGUCUGUGAAUGUUUUUAAAAGUAAAGGUUUUGCUACGGUACUGUAUGUGAGACUGUUCCUUAAGCCUGUGGGAAUUCGAAGACUUACCUUAGCUGUUUAUUGAACACUGCUUCAGUGAUAUGUUAAAAAGGGAAGUGUUUCAGAUGUUGAAACUUUUUGCUGUUGUCGUUAUUGUUGUUCAUUGUAAACCUCAUAUUUUUUUCAUUAUGUGUAUAAAAGAAUAAACCCAAGAAGAAUAUUCCAUUUUCCAUUUAUUAUACACUCUUUUUUAUUGUGUUUUUUCUCAGAAUAUCAAUUCGUACCCAUGUACAAUAACCAUGAAGAUGAAUGGUGAAAAAUAUGACUGACAGAUACUGUAUUUCGACACACUGCAAAAAACACCAGAUCCCAUAAAAUGCAUAUUACCACUGGUGUGUUUAUUGGCACAUAGACACAAAACGUAAGAUGCAUGAAUUUCGUUCAAAUGAGACAUUCCAGAAUCACAUGUGUUGCAUAUCAAUGUGUAUUACUGUGUAUCAUGUAAGCUAAUGUGCCAGGUUUAAUAACAUCUGAUUUAAAAUAUGUAAAACAGAUUGCAAUGUAUAUACAUGUAAUUUCAUUUCCAUAAGAUAUGUGUUCAUUUAAAUGUAUGGAAAUAAACCUG